AUGAGGUGGUUAGUUUCUUUUACCGUCGCCUUCGUUUGGUCGGUGGUGGUGCAGGCCAAGAGUUUCACUGGCAACCGCUUGCUGGUUGUGUUGGAGGAGCAGGUUGAGAGGGAGAAGUACAGCGUGUUCCUGGAAGACUUGACGUCCCGGGGAUAUACCACAUCUGUCGAAUCACCAAAAGAGAGCAAGCUCUCAUUACUGAAGCACGGCGAACGAGCAUACGACCAUGUCCUCCUCCUCCCCAGCAAGUCGAAAGGCCUCGGCCCUGCUCUCACAGCGAACAAUCUCCUCGAGUUCAUGAAGAAGGAUGGAAACAUUCUGGUUGCCCUCUCGAGCGAAUACGCUAUCCCUACCGCCGUCCAGGCCAUGCUUCUCGAAGUCGAUAUCAACAUCCCAGCGGACAAGGGCGCAUUGGUCGUCGACCACUUCAACUACGAUGCGUCAUCGGCAAAGGAAGAGCACGACGUACUGCUCCUGCCGUUCCCCAAGUCGCUCAGGCCAGAUGUCAAGAACUACUUCGCUGGCGAGGGAUACAUUGCCGUGCCACGCGCUGUCGGCCAGGCUCUUGGAAACGAAUCGCCUCUUACCUCGCCUAUCCUCCGCGCUCCCAGCACCGCCUACAGCUACAACCCCAAGGACGAAGCUGACGGUGUUGAGGACCCCUUCGCGGUUGGUGAGCAGCUGAACGUCGUCUCUGCGAUGCAGGCGAACAACGCGGCGCGUCUGGCAGUUGUCGGCUCAGCCGAGAUGCUCCAGAACAAGUGGUUCGCUGAGAAGGCCAAGCUAGGCGACAAGGCUAUCACGACUGGCAACCGCGAGUUCGCGCAGAAGCUUUCUGAGUGGACCUUCAAGGAGACGGGUGUGCUGAAAAUUGGCAAGCUCCUCCACUACCAGGACGAGGGUGCCAGCAAGAAGUUGAACACCAGCACUGCCAUUCCUGAGAACAACCCUGGCAUCUACCGUAUCAAGACCGACGUCCACUUCCAAGUCGAGAUCUCCGAAUACACGAACGAUCACCUCGCUCCCUUCGUCCCCUCGCCCAAGGAUAACAUCCAGCUUGAGUUCAGCAUGCUCUCGCCCUUCCAACGCCUGAACCUCUCUCCCAUCGCACAGACCGCGAACGCAACCAUCUUCGGCGUCGCGUUCAGAACACCCGAUCAACACGGCAUUUUCAACUUCCGCGUCAACUACCGCCGCCCAUUUGUCACCAACAUCGACGAGAAGAGGCAGGUCACCGUCAGGCACUUUGCGCACGACGAGUACCCGAGGAGUUUUGAGAUCAGCGGUGCGUGGGUCUGGAUUGGCGGUAUCUGGGUCACCGUUUUGGGCUGGUUGGCAUUUGUGGCCGUUUGGCUGUACAGUGCGCCCAGCGAGAAGAGCACAAAGAAGACGCAGUAG